GGAACGAUUAAAGGAGAACAUAUUUGUUUACAUAGAUCCGAAGUUUAAAUGUUUUCAGUUUCUCUGACAUCUUCUGGUUUCGAAAUUAGCCAGGGACAUUUMACUAUUUAAUAGCUUACAAACAGUGAAAACCCAUUCAAUUGUCGUGUUUAGUUAGCUCUCUGGAGCAGGUUUUCCGCUUGCUACGAGGGUAGCUAGCUAGCUCGAUGUUAGCAACAAUCAAUCGUUUGCUAUUACAUUUCACGAUGGACGARAGACUAUGAAAUUUGACCUCCGAUGUUAUAAACAAAUUUAAAGGUUGUUAUUUGCAGUUUUACAAAAAUGGAUAUCAGUCUAACAAUUUCACUAAUGCGGGGCCAGAUGGGUACGGUGAUAGAGAGAGCGGUUAGCGCCGCUGUUGAGACUGUGUUGGGGGAGAUGCUUAGAGUGGUCGGCAUUAAAUUUGACGAGCUGAAGAUGGAAGUAAUAGCUAAAGAGAAAGAGGCGGAGAACAUAAGACAGUUGCUGGAGAUAUCCCGAUCUCAGAUGAAGACAAUGCGGAAACACAUGAACGCUCUGGGUGAGAACGCACACGGUGCCACUUAUCAGACCUACCGGACAGCAUUCGGCCAUUCUGAUCCCCGCAGAAUUCACGGUUCCUCCGAGGCCGCACUGUCCUCGGGUUUACCACAGCCGCCGAGAAGGACGGUUCCAAACAACAACCAAAUCCCCACUACAAAUGGAAACUUACAGGCAAGGAAUCGAGUCACCAUCACRGUACCCUCUGAGAAUAUGGUCAGGGCCACCCAACCGUCUGAUAACUUGGUCCGGGCCACCCAYCCSUCUGAUAACUUGGUCKGGGCCACCCAGCCCUCUGAUAACUUGGUCKGGGCCACKCAGCCCUCUGAUAACUUGGUCCGGGCCACCCAGCCCUCUGAUAACUUGGUCCGGGCCACCCAGCCCUCUGAUAACUUGGUCCGGGCCACCCAGCCCUCUGAUAACUUGGUCCGGGCCACACAGCCCUCUGAUAACUUGGUCAGGGCCACCCAACCCUCUGAUAAUAUGGUAACCGUUAGGGCCACGUCAACAUCCUUUGACAGUCACGAUGAUCUGACAACUGUGAUCUCCCAGACUCUGGAGGACCGGACAUUGACACCCACUGUCUCUGCAAUGAAUAGUUCAUCAGAGCAUCUGGAACCUUUGAAAGAGGAGCACCCAGCCCCCCUUGACCCCGAGGUGUCUGAUGAGAGCCAGAGGAGGGAGGAGGAAGAAGAGUGUCAGGCUGAGUGGACCAUAAGUACACAGCCACCAGAGACKAGCACAGACCCUGGGGCCCAGCUGGUCCUCUCCCCACCCAGGACUGACGGAGCAGACUGCUCUGCCAGGAGUGUACUGCCACCCUCCCAGCUCCUGUCCCAGUUCCAAGUGAAAGAGGAGGAAGCUGAGGUGGAGAUCAUCUGUAUCAAACAGGAACCAGAGGAGGUGGAGACCCUGUUGAUAAACCUGGCUGCUGAAAGCUUCUCUCAGGGCAACCUUUUAGACAGGCAGACUCAGGGAAACCUCCUCCUGGACAGUCACAGGACAAUCCCAGGCUCUCAGAGCCAGAGGGAUAGGAGAGCACCCCGUCCACCACAGAGCCAGAGGACCUCAGCAGAGAAUACACCCUUCACCUCAGCCGACUCUUGUUCAUAUGGGCUGUCCAAGGCAGUGAUGUCAGGAGGGAGUUGCUCCCGCCAUGGUGCGUCCGAUGGCCCAAAGACCUGA